GCGGGGCGGAACAAAUACUGAACUUCGUAGACACGCGGAACCAAGUUUUCAAACGCAGUUCCUGUAUGUCUUCAGCGGGAUCAACUCUUGAGACAAUUGGUCCUUGCUAGACCUACCGGUACCGGUCAGAGUUUUUCGAAAUUUCGGUGAAAGGUGUACGUACUAAAAACUAAAUAUGAAAAGUGUACGGAUUAUUCUCAAAUUAGUGAUCGUUUUACAAAUGGGACUGACUUCGUGGGGCCAAGAUUACGAAGUGACAGAAAUCCAGUGCACGUUUGGCUCAACAGGAAGUCCCGGUUCAAGAGAUUCGAUAGUGGCAAGGCUACGAAAACCGGACGGAUUCCGAGGGAGUCCCCUAUUCGCCGACGAUCGUUUGGCCGAUCCCGAAACGGACCCGUCCUGUCAGAUACGUAUGGAUCCGAACGACCCGAGCGGUUUGAGGUAUCACCUGCGAAUCACCGACUUUUCCCGAUGCGGAGUUUUGAGGCGCAACGGUUUCGUGCACGUUCGCGUUUGGUUCCCUCAGUUUUCGGGGGUCGUAAUGCAAUCGGAUCAGGAGCUGAUCAUCAUGUGUAAACCGCCGGAACCGACGAUUAUCGAGAAUAAAGCGGCUGGAUUUGCGGGCAGUUUUCCGCAUGGCGCGAGGGUAUCGGGAGUUGUGGAGGAGACGCCAGGGCGGCUGGAGUACGAAGUGGCCUUGUACAAAGAAGCUCCGGCAGCUCGAAUCAGCAAUAAUCAUUCCGCGAGCGAGCUUCCUGUAGACCAAGCGGUGCCUAUAGGGACCAAACUCCAGCUUAGAGCCCGCAUCAGUCAGGAAUCUGCGUGGAAGUAUGUCAAGCUUAUGGAGGUAACCGUGAGUCCCGAUCCUGACGACCCGCACAUGAUAGGAAGCGUCGCCCUUGUAAAAGAUGGUUGCAGGAAUCGAGACUUCGCCUCAAUUAUUCCGCAUCAACCGGCACGCUAUCGAGAACGUCACAAUGAAGUCUUUUUAGAUUUUGAAGCUUUUCUCUUAAGCUCAAUGAAAGAACGCUCCACGCUUUGGAUACACUCGCAAAUCAAGGCAUGCAUGGACUCCGUCGACUGCCAACCGGACUUCUGUCUGGAUCUCUUCGAGCCAUCGGGCCAUGGCAGGAAACGGAGGCACACUGGUGACAUAGUUGAAGUGGCUCAGUCAUCACCGUAUCACAACGAUACCACGCAAUACACCAAGUUUAAAGAGAACAUCGAAUACACCGUGCUAAUGCCAAGUGAAUUUUACCAUAAGACCGCCACCUUAGAAAACUCCUGCAGCACAUUCCUAGUCAUUGCAGCUAUACUCGGGUGCCUGCUGUUCUUGUCGGCGUUUAUUAUGUGCUGGUUAGCGUUAAGGCUUCAUACGGCUCUUUUAGGUGGUUUCAAUGUGUCGAAAAGUCUCAAUGAUUAUGGCAAAGACGGCCGACUUUACGAAUCUGGUUACACGGGAAGAGCGACGACGCAAUGAUUGUGCCUCCAAGUUAAUAUUGACUGACAAGACACUGAAGUGCUAAAAACUGUUGUGAGAACUGAAAUCACCAUACUCUGCAAUACGGUUGAGGUUGUGCCGAUUUUGUUGCUCAAUAUUGUUGCGGUACUGGUGAUCGGUUACCAAAAAUUUAGGAAAUACCCUCUUUUUCUGGGGGCUAAACUGCGGCGGAGUAGCGAAAGAUGUCGUUUUACCCGCAGUUUUGCUUUUUGUAUCAAUACAGCAGCUUUUAAUGUUAAUGUUAAUUAAACCUUGGAAAUAACUUGCCCCAUAAUGCGACGGUAAGCUAGUUCUAAUGAUUUAAUUAUAUGUUAUACCUAUCUUUAGGUAGAUAUUAUUUAUUGUAUUUAUG